CCUGCAGCUGUGACAGUGGAGUCGGUUCCAGCAGUGGGGAAUGGGGGCUUUAUUCAGACUAAGCUGGAUCACACCGUGUCCCUCUCCUGCUCGGCGCCCUCUGCGGGUGAGGAGCUGCAGUGGUUUCGUAACGGGGUCCCGGUGGCCCUGCCGGAGGGGAACCGCGUGGACCACAGCAGACUGUGUGUGCAGCCCGUGACCAGGGAGGACCAUGGUGUCAUGUUCCUGUGCCAGCUGAAGAACAAUGCAGCCCUCAACGGCUCUGUGCAGCUGGAGGUGACCUUUGCCCCUGACCUCUCUGGCAAUGAGGAGCUCUCUUUGGAGGAGGAGAGUCAAAUGACCCUCUCCUGUGAGUCUCGCGCCAACCCCCCCGUGACUAUCGCGUGGCGCCGUAACGGCGAGGUGGUCGACCUUACAGAGGGACACUUCGUCACCACCAACGACGGGCUCGUGGCACGCCUCAGUGUGUCCAGGCUGAGCCGAGAGCUCCACCAGGGCCUGUACAGCUGCACGGCCAGCUCACCUGUGGAGGCGGAGAGAACCAAGUCCUUCCAGGUCACCGUAACAGAUAAGACCAUGAGGUUCCCCCGAGACCCCAUGAUUGCAGGAAUAGUCGUGGUCGUCUGCACUACCAUACUCGCAGUCUUUGCCCGAUGGGAGAGGAUUGUCAAGUGCUGCAGGUGAAUAGGAAUUGGCCAGGAUUACCGGGAGUAAAAAAUAAAGACAAGAAAACUCAUCCUGCCGUGGCAAAACUGCAAGGAGCACUCCUGACAAGAAGAAACUCCAACAGCAUAUCUGAAAAUAAAGCUCCCUGAUCACUUA